CCCCGCUUCUACUUGACUUUUCACUGACUAGCUGUCGUAUAAUGAGAAAAAUACUAAUAUUUUUAGAAUUUGUGUUAUUAUUUUAACGGAUCGGAAAAAUACAUCAAACGUAAUGGACAAAUGUGGAAUUUGUUUAAAACCCACUGUCCCUCUAUUUGAGACUGGUAAGGAUGGGGUGUACGCUUGCUUUAAAUGUCAACCCCUUGUCCCAGAAGUUACAUUAGAUGAUAAUAAUCUUGAUGAAACAGAGAAAUCGCUGUCUUUAACUAAAGAAGAGGACAGCGAUGGAAGUUUUUACUGUAAAGUAUGCAAUAAAUCAUUCCAGCAGGCAAUGCAGCUUCAAAAUCAUAUGCGUAACCACCGCGCCGAGAGGCGCUUCGUCUGCACUUAUUGUAAUAAAGCAUUCUCUCAAUCAAACAAUUUGAGGGCUCACCUUCGUAUACACACGAACGAGCGUCCGUACAAAUGUCAGGAGUGCGGCAAGGCGUUUACACAGGUCACAAACUUAAACAAUCAUGUACGCCUUCACACUGGAGAAAGGCCAUUUGUGUGUCCGGAGCCUGGUUGUGAUAAGGCCUAUGCUCAGGUUACAAAUUUAAAUCAACAUCGCAAGCGACACAUGACGGGGCGGCACAUGGAGCACUCCUAUGACUGCACCGUCUGUGGAGAAAGGUUUUCACAGAGGAAUCACAUGUACACACACAGAAGAGAAGCGCACGACAUCAAGAGCCCGGCGCGGAGCGCGCGGCACGCGUGCCCGCAGUGCGCCGCCAGCCUGCCCAGCGAGCGCCUGCUGCGGCUGCACGUGCAGCGGCACGCGCCCGAGCCCGCCGAGCGCGACGAGCACAAGAGGGGCGUGUCGUGUGCAGAGUGGGGCGUGUCGUGUGCAGAGUGGGGCGUGUCGUGUGCAGAGUGGGGCGUGUCGUGUGCAGAGUGGGGCGUGUCGUGUGCAGAGUGGGGCGUGUCGUGUGCAGAGUGGGGCGUGUUGUUCGCGUUCUCAGUGACGAUGUGUGUGUGUGUGUGGUGCGCAGAGUGGGGCGUGUCGUGCGCGUUCUCAGUGACGGUGUGUGUGGUGCGCAGAGUGGGACGUGUCGUGCGCGUUCUCAGUGACGAGUGGGGCGUGUCGUGCGUGUUCUCGUCGUGCGGCGCGCGGCUGCAGUCGGCGCGCGAGCACACGGAGCACCUGCUGCGCGCGCACCAGCUGCGCGUGCUGACCGCGCACCAGCCGCCGCCGCGCCGCGGCCGCCCGCCCAAGAUGAUGAAAGACCCCCUGGAGCUCAGCAACUCGGAUUACGACGAAGUAAAAGUCAUAAAGGAAGAGCCUCAAUAUAUGCCCAAGUUAAAAGUGCAAAGUUUGUUUCAGUGAUAGCAAUAAAAUAAGGACUUAUUUCAUUGUGAGAAUGAUAUAAUCAAAUUUUUUUAGAGAGAACCACACAUUGUACUUAUUCGAAUAUUUAAUAUGAAAUUGAGGAUCCGUUGAAGAAGAGAAUAAGCAAGAGAAGUGAGUUAAUAAUUAUCAUAGUGUAAUUAGGUGAUAUAUUUAAGUGCAAUUUACUUAAAAAAAAUAUUUAAAAA